UCACACCCUGCGAUCUUUUGCCGGCUUGCUUCCACUUCUUUUUUACCCACCUGCAUUUUUAUUUCCUGCUUCUGUCCUUGCUCGUCUCUGCUUUCCCUGUUUUAUUUUUUUAUUUUUGGACUUUGGGGGAAACCAGAGAAAAAAGCAGAGACGGGAAGUCGACUCAGUGCCGGAGAAACAUUUUGCGGCCAGGGUUGAAAAGGGCGUUAGGUGCCGUUUUCCUGACUUUGGCGCUUCGAUCUGUUGCACGCACACACAACUCACGCACACACCACACACAAAUACCUACCACACACGCCAACCUUGCAUCUCCCUACAUGCCUACCGCCCAUCUCCGAAACCAGCAAGACGUCGUCCUUUGUCCGAGACGAGCUCUACUUGCUAUUCCUCCGAACCUUUGAACAAGGACAACGUUCCUUUGUUUCGUCUUUUCCUCCACACAGCCGCCUUCAAGCACCUCCGCCCCUGCAGAAUCCCGGAGAUCAUUCUUUUAUCUGCUCAGGGGACUGCCUGUCGAACCUACAGCUCUUCCAUGUUCCACGACGAAACUGCCUGAACCUACGCAAGCCAGCGCGCCCCAUCUUGUACUCCUGGCGUUUUUUUUGCAUUCCCGCGAUUCUGUGGUGGAACUCUAGGCUGAAAGAGACGCGGGAGGCCUGUUGUGUGACCGACCACCCCCGGUCGGUGCUUUUUCUUGUGCGCGUGUGGGAUGCACAUGCACAACCAAAUCACCAUGAACUACAACACCAAGGGCAGGCCGCUGGGCGGCCCCGUCGGCGGCGGCGUCCGCCGGCCGGGAAAGCCGCAGCAGGGUCGACCGGGCCCCGGGGCGCCCGUGGACCCGGCCGAGCUGUCGCGCCGCCUGCACCUCGUGCUCGCCGACCAGAAGGCCUACGCAGAGCGCAAGAAACACGCCGCCAAGGCCACCGCCGCCGCCGCCGCCGCCGCCAAGGGGAAGUCUUCGUCGACGUCGCCGCCGUCCGCCCCGUCCGCGCGCGGGCUCGUCAUCCGCAAGUCCAUGUCGAUCCUGGACAAGGCCAAGAGGAAGACGUCGAGGGCGGCCCUCAGGGGGGAUCCGGCGCGCCCGGACGAGGCGGCGGGCGGCGGGCCGUACGUUCCGCGCGAGGCGGCCGCGCAGUUCGCCCUCACCACCACCGCCAUCAACAUGAGCGGCGGCGGCGGCGGCGGCGGCGGCCUGACGCACAAGCUGUCACGCAACGCGCUCAAGUUCCACCUCGAGGCCGACCACGUCGACCCCAACGCCCCGCCGGCCGAGCAGACCAAGGCGCUGCGGCGCGCCCAGAGCAGGCGCGAGCAGUUGCACGAGCGCAACCAGUUCCAGCGCACGCGUAUACUCGAGGAGGCCGCCGAGGCCGAGGAGGAGAGGGAUCAGGCCGCCCAGCAGAUCCGCAGCCACCGCCACACCUUCACGGGCGCCCUGGGCGGGGGCCCGGACCAUCAUCACCAGCACAAUCAACAGGCCCAGAAGAACAGGAGGAGUAGCACGGGUGAUUUCUUGGAGUGUCGGGAAAAGGAUUCGGGCGACGGUCGCCACGUGCUGCCAAUGCCCCCGGCCUCGCCGGGUGGCCGCGAGGACUCUCCGCCACCCAAAUACUAUCCCUCACAGGACGCCGCUGAACACCGCGUCGACUGGACCCAAAGCGAUGAGACAAAGCCGAUCCAGAGGGCCAGGACCGUGCCGCUCCUGAAGCGACCAAGCUCGAUAUGGACCCUCCGCGGCAGGUUUGGGAAUAAAGACUCUAAACAUGGUCGUGGAGAGAAGGGGGUAGCCAUCGAUGGCGCCAUCGAUGAGGCGCCCGAGCUAUCCAAGCCUUCCAAAGGUGGAUUCUUCUCUAGAUUCAGGCGUUAGCUCCUCUCGUGCCACAGAUAAGCAAAAGAUCGGGCGCUGGAAACCCUACAUUUAAUACAUUAAUAUCCUUCACAAAUUUCCAACCCAGCUUCUCGUGAGUCGUGCAUCAUUCGUGUCUGCG